UAUUAAAACUAAUGAGUCAGUCCUAAAAUUAUAGAGAAUGUGACAAAUAAGCAAAAUCACUUCAUAAAUAAUAGUAUAGAUUGGAAAAUUUGUUCUAUUGUAAAUCUAAACUAAUUAUAUUAUUCAACAGUUGACUUUUUUGGUCAUGUAUUAUUUAUCUUGACUAAUAUAUCAAUACCACUGGAUGAUAUUGCAUAACAUUAACAAAAAUAGAAAAUAAAUUACGUAUCCAUUUCACACUGAUUAAUGUCAUAUAUUCAUUCACAUUUACCCUCUGGGUAUAUUUAUAUAGAUGAUAUAUAAAAGUAUAUUUAAUUUUUAAAUGAUUUUGGCAAGAGGUUAUCAAGUCUAUUUUUCUAUCCCAUUGCAUCAUUGUCUAGGUUUAUUACUCUAUCACUCUCCUGUGGUCCUUGACCUCUUUAAAUUCCUCUUAUCACUUUCUCAAUUUCUUUAUAUCUCUAUACCCCGAAACACUUUCUUGCACUUCCUUCCUUAUUUCUUCUCUUCUGAUUGCUUUCCUCUUUCUUCUGUCACAUCUUCAACACAAUACAAAACUUGUGGGAUACAUAAAAACCUCUAGUUUUACUAGAUAUAUAUAGCUUCCCUCCUUUUCAGCCCUUAUUAAUACCACCUUUAUUUUUCUAUAUCCAUCUCCAUCUCUUAUUUAUUGUUCAAUCAAGAGACAGAGAGAAAGCACACGAGUUAAGGGUUAUUUUCUUGAAACAUUGUAGAGUUACAGCUAAUCAAUAAGUAAAAACCUACAAGAAAAUGUCUAACAGGAGAUCAAGACAAUCUUCAAGUGCUCUGAGGAUCUCCGAUGAUCAGAUGAUCGACCUUGUUAGUAAGCUUUGUCAGCUUUUGCCCGAGAUUCGUGAACGGCGCCGUUCUGAUAAGGUGUCAGCAUCAAAGGUACUUCAAGAGACAUGCAACUAUAUAAGAAAGCUGCAUCGAGAAGUUGACAAUCUCAGUGACCGUUUGUCGCAGCUCCUGGACGCCGUUGAUGAAGAUAGCCAUGAAGCUUCCGUCAUUAGAAGCUUGCUCAUGUAACCUUCCAAUAUAUGUACUUAUUAUAAUUUUUACCAUAUAUAUUUAUUAUAUCUGUAAUCGUGAUUGUCCUUAAUAUAUUUAUUAUAAACUUCUGAAUUUUGGUCCA